UCAUAACAUUUUUUCUCCCUUUUUUUUUUAUAUUAAUAUUCACAAAACUCUCUUUAUCAUAUGAGCACGAGAAAUCCUAAAAAAUCUAAUGAAGAACAAGGCGAUGAAGAGUACGACGGUAACAGCUCUUCAGAGACCUAUGGCACACCUAUCCGUCCCCGCCAAAGAUUCACAGCGGAGGAGACGCGCAUUUUAGAAGAUCUCUUCAAGACAACUAUUCGACCUAGCUCAGAGGCUAAACAGAAUUUAGCACGUCAAUUUGAGACAUCUACACAACGUAUUCAGAUAUGGUUCCAAAACAGACGCGCAAAAGAAAAGAAACAUGCUCCAACCGAACUUCCUGACUCGGACGACGUAAAACAAAUGGGUGAAUCAAGCAGUCAUGGUGACAGAUCGUACCAAAGAAAAAGAAAACGAGAGGAAGAAGAUGAAGAUGAUGUUGAUCAUGUUACAGUUCCCCGUGUACCGCUUCACCCUUCUCCACAUAUAUAUCGCAUACCACCUCAGGGAGAUCAUUCAUUUACAGAUAUGGUGCCUUAUCCGUUUGGUUUUCCUAGGCAGUUAAACCGAGACAGUGGUAACCAUUUAUACUACUUUCCACAGCCUUCUACUGUAAAUCCCCAUGAUAUGGAAAGACCACCUCGAUUUGGGGGUCAUCAAUUUGUCAUUCCCGAAGGUGAGUAUGAUGCGGAUGGUGGCGAUUAUGUUUCAGAUACAAGUCAUUCGCUGAAUAUGCCGGCAAACACAUCUACACAGGGAGAUAAUCAUGAACAUGGCGGUGAUGAUCCAUAUAUACCGGUUAAAGGCCAAAUGACAACGCUAUUAAUUGACAACUACGACAGUUUCACGUACAAUGUAUAUCAAUACUUGUGCUCUCAAGGAGCUAAAGUGGUAGUCCACCGUAACGAUAAAAUCAGUUUAGAAGAAAUUGAACAACUUGCACCUCGUAACAUUGUUAUUUCUCCCGGUCCUGGUCAUCCUGCUACGGAUGCCGGUGUCUCGCGUGCAGCCAUUGCUCAUUUCGCAGGAAAGAUUCCCAUUCUUGGUAUUUGUAUGGGCAUGCAAUGUAUGUUUGAAGUCUAUGGUGGUACUGUUUCCUAUGCUGGAGAUAUUGUCCAUGGUAAAACAUCGCCAAUUAAACAUGAUAGUCGUGGUCUGUUUAAAUCCGUACCUCAAAAUAAUUUGGUCACGCGUUAUCAUUCUUUAGCUGGUGUACCUUCCACUAUUCCCGAAACCUUGGAAAUCACGGCUAACACAGAUGAUGGUGUCAUUAUGGGUGUUCGUCAUAAGGAAUACACGGUAGAAGGUCUUCAAUUCCAUCCUGAAAGUAUCUUGUGUGAAAACGGUCAUACCAUGAUUAGCAACUUUUUGAAUUUGACAGGUGGUACCUGGGAUUUAAAUCCUGCUGCAGGUGUCUUGCCUAAUAAAUUACGUGUACCUUCUCCCUCCGUCAGCACUACUACUACGCCUAUUGAGAAACCCGUAACACCUACCACCACUACUACCACCAAUAACAGUGAUGCUCCUUCCAUCUUGACUCGUAUUUAUGCUCAACGUGUCAAGGAUGUUCAAGCCGCCAAGGAAAUCCCCGGUCAAACCAUGUCUGAUUUAGAAAAGCUUUUGCAAUUGCAUGUUGCCCCACCUCUUUCUGAUGUAGUAGCUCGUCUUAAGCAAUCCUGUCCUGCUCUCUUGGCAGAAGUCAAACGUGCCUCACCAUCUAAGGGCAACAUCGAUGCAGCUGCCAAUGCUGCUGAACAAGCUUUACAAUAUGCAUUAGCUGGUGCCAGUGUAGUCUCUGUCUUGACCGAACCUAAAUGGUUCCGUGGUACCAUUCAUGACAUGCGUCAAGUACGUGAGGCCUUUUCAACUUUACCCAAUCGACCUUGUGUUCUUCGUAAAGAUUUUAUUGUAGACCGUUAUCAAAUCCUCGAAGGUCGUUUGUAUGGUGCUGAUACCGUGUUAUUAAUUGUGGCCAUGUUGAAUGAUACUGUCUUGCAUGAUUUAUAUAAUUAUUCCAAGAGUUUGGGAAUGGAACCUUUAGUGGAAGUCAAUAACGCAGAGGAAAUGGCUCGUGCUAACGCUUUAGGUGCUAAACUCAUUGGUGUUAACAACCGUAAUUUACAUAGUUUUGAUGUAGAUAUGGAAACCACCAGUCGAUUAGCUGAAAUGGUACCUCCUGGCACUAUCUUGUGUGCUUUAUCGGGUAUUACUGGAAGAGCCGAUGUGGAAAUGUAUGUGAAGGGUGGUGUUCAAGGUGUGCUUGUGGGUGAGGCUUUGAUGCGUGCUUGGAAUUUAAAGGAAUUCGUGACGGAUUUAUUGGGUCUUCCCAAGAAAGAUCCUGUGCCUGCCCUUAAGGAACCUCGUGGAUCACUUGUUAAAGUGUGUGGUAUCUCUUCUGUGGAAGCUGCAGUAGAAGCAGCUAAUGCAGGUGCUGAUUUAAUCGGUUUAAUCUUUGCAGAAAAGUCCAAGCGUAAAGUCAGUCUAGAGACAGCUUCUGCUAUUGUCAAUGGUGUACGUGGGUUAAACAUUACAAGAGCUACACCUCCUUCUACAACUACAUCCGAUUGGUUCCAAAUCCAUCGACAAUUAUUAGAAUCCCGUGCAAGAAAGCCAUUGGUGGUGGGUGUAUUUGUCAACCAAAGUAUUGAAUACAUGACACAAGUAGCUACGGAGGUUGGAUUAGAUUUCAUUCAAUUGCAUGGCACAGAAUCUGUAGAAUUGGCACGUUAUUUACCAGUGCCUGUAAUUAAGGCGUUCCAUAUUGAUAGCGAAUCCUAUCAUCCAUCUCAAAUGGCUAAUUUGACACAACCUGGAAGUCAUCAAUAUGUUCUUUUAGAUGCCAAGGUGUCUAGUUUACCUUCUGACGCUCAAGGAGGACAAGGUGUGAAAUUCGAUUGGCGUAUUGCUCAAGAGAUUGUGCAUCAUACACAAUUCGAGUUUUUGGGAAAUAAGGACUUCCCUGUGAUUUUAGCGGGUGGAUUGGAUCCUGACAACGUAGCCUCUGCAAUUCAACAGGUGAAGCCUUGGAUGGUGGAUGUCUCCUCUGGUGUGGAAACAAAUGGUGUGAAAGAUCUGGGUAAAAUCCGUGAAUUUGUUCAAACUGCCAAACGUGUCUCAUUUUAAAAUACACAAUAAACAUUUUUUUUUUGGUCAUAU